CCCAAAUUUGACCUGAGAAUCUUACUGGAGUAGAAGGGAAGGAGUAGAGUAAAUACGGCAUAUAACACGGACGAAUGCGUUUUUCAGUUCGUUUAAUGAUGUCUAGUGCAGUCCGUGCUUAUGAUUACCUGGUUAUAGGCGGUGGGUCAGGAGGAAUAGCAAGUGCACGAAGAGCUGCUGAGUUUGGCAUUCGAAGUGCUGUUGUCGAACAUGGACCCCUUGGGGGAACUUGUGUCAAUGUUGGAUGUGUCCCUAAAAAGAUAAUGUUCUUGACUGCAAUGCAUGCAGAGCAGCUUCCUGACUUGAAAGAUUAUGGCUUUGAUGUCAAUUAUAACAGUUUUGCUUGGAAGCAAGUAAAGGAUAAAAGAGAUGCUUAUGUGAAGAAACUGAAUGGGAUUUAUGAAAACAAUCUUGAUAAGGCGAAGGUUGAUUACGUCAGAGGCCAUGCUUCAUUCAAUGCUGAUGGUACUAUUCAGAUUGGCGAUGAGGUGUAUUCUGGUAAACAUGUUCUUAUCGCCGUUGGUGGGCACCCAUCAGUCCCCAAAGUACCAGGUGCUGAAUAUGGAAUAACAAGUGAUGGAUUUUUUGAACUUGAUGAGCUGCCUAAGAAAGUUGCAGUCGUAGGUGCUGGUUACAUUGCUGUAGAACUAGCUGGUAUACUGAAUGCUUUAGGCUCUAAGGUGUCUCUCUUCAUCAGGUACAGCAAGGUACUCAGAAAUUUUGACAGCAUGUUGAGUGACAAACUCACAGAAGAGAUUGUUGCUUCUGGCAUAGAUCUACAGACAAACAUGGGGUUAAAUGAGAUAACCAAAGAUAGUUCUACUGGUCUGCUAACCAUCCAUGCUACAAACAACAUUAAAAAGAGCAAAGAGGAUCUUUCAGGAUAUGACUGUUUGUUAUGGGCUGUAGGUCGAAACCCAAGCACUACAGAUUUAGGGCUAGAAAAAGUGGGAAUAGAAGUUGACAAGAAAGGCCAUAUUGUUGUCGAUGAGUUUCAGAACACCACCAGACCAACUGUUCAUGCCCUUGGUGAUGUAUGUGGCAAGGCUCUCCUCACACCUGUUGCCAUAGCAGCAGGGCGUAAACUAGCUCACAGGUUAUUCGAUGGCAAGACAGACUACAAGCUUGACUACACUAAUAUUCCAACUGUGGUGUUCAGUCACCCUCCAAUUGGAACUGUGGGCAUGACAGAAGAAGAGGCUACAGCAAAGUACGGAAAAGAAAACCUUAAAAUUUACACUUCAGCAUUUGUAAACAUGUACUAUGCUAUGUGUGAAAAGAAACACAAGACCUACAUGAAGCUGAUUUGUCUUCUUCCUGAGGAAAAGGUGAUUGGUCUGCACAUUCUUGGUCUUGCAGCUGACGAAAUGUUACAAGGCUUUUCAGUGGCCAUAAAAAUGGGAGCAACGAAAAAGGAUUUUGACAACUGUGUUGCUAUUCAUCCUACAUCAGCAGAGGAACUGGUCACCCUGAGGUGAUACUCUAUAUGUAGCAUACUCAUUGAAUGCCUUCAUUUUAAUCUGCAAUAUAUAGUGUAUACUAUGCCAUGCACAUCUUUGAUAAUGCCAAUAAAAUUUGUAAAUUAA